AUGGCCCCUGCGGAGAGCGAGGAAGGCCGGGAGGGGCUGGGGCUCCUGUCGCGGGCCGUCACUGGGCGCCCCGCCGAGCCCACGGCCGCCAGCCAUGGGCCGCCGGAGCUCGUCGGGCUCGAGGUCGCCCUCGCGCAGGCGGAGGUCGGCUUCCCCGCGGUCGCCGUCGCGGCGAAGGAGGUCGCCCUCUGGGAAGCGAUCUCCGCCACCCAGGAAGAGGUCGCCCUCUGGGAAGCGGUCACCGCCAAAGAACAGGUCAACGUCGCGCAAGAGGUCCCCCUCUCGCAGGAGGUCGCCAUCUCGCAGGAGGUCUGCUUCCAGGAGAUCGGCGUCGCGUAA